UACCCGCAACCCAGGAUUUCGUCUGCAUAAAUUCUUUGUCACUUUGGUGCUAUAGCUUGGAUAUGGUUUCAUGGUGUCCCAACUAUAGCACUAAGGGUGUUGGAGUUUGGUCCCCAGCAUAGUGAUAUGUGAGGUGAUGGAACCUUUAAGAGGUGGAGCCUAGUGGGAAAUAACCAGAUCAUUGGAGGACCUGCCCUCAGAGGGAAUUAGUAUAGUUCUUCAGGGACUCUGGUUAUUUCUCAUGAGGGGGUUGAUAUAAAAGAGCAAAACUAGCCCUCCCUGCUUUCUGGCUUCGUGUCUUACCAUUUACGUUGACUCUUCCUUGCACUUCCACCAUUGCAAUGUCAUCUGCCAUGAGGCCAAACAAAUGAGGCUGCUUGAUCUUGGACUUUCAGUCUCCAAAACUGUAAGCCAAAUACACCUCUAUUCUUUUUAAAGUACUCAGCCUCAGAUAUUUUGUUAUAGCAACAAAAAACAGAUACACAUGAAACUACAUCAUGAGAUGGAGACGAAGUAACUGGAUGUAGAAAUGUGGAAGAGAGCAUGCUGCAUUGGGAAUGGGAAAGGCACUAUCAGAAACUAUGAAUUUCUAUGUAGUGCAAUAUGUGGUAAAGGAAAGAGUGUUGAAAAGAACUGAAAGAAAUCAAAUACAAAAUUAUGUGUGUUUGAAUCUUUGUCUUUCAUGCAUAAUUGUCUCCAUGUGAUAUUGACAGAAUAACAUACAAUAUGGGAGAAAUAGCAAAGUUUUUUUGAGCUGGGAAGAAGCUAAGUGCCUACACUAAAAACAUUGAUGAGUUCAAUACUUUCUGUGAACCAUAUAAUUUUUACACUUAACUGCCACUGGAGCCUAUUUAACCCACUGAGAAAAGAUUUAUGAAAUGAAUAGUUAUCUGCUCAAAUUUUUAAAAUAAAUAAAGGGAAUUUGAAGCUACUAUUUCUGGAUUCUUGCCUCCACUCUACCCCAAGAUAUUUGUCUUGCACCAAGAAAGUACUUUGUGGACUUCAGUUUUCUCAUCUGAAAAUGGAAAUAAAUUAGACAAGGAAUUUACUGACAGAUAAUGGCAGAAAGAGUCUUACGGAAGUUAGAACUCCUGGAUAAGCAAGCAAAGAUACUCAUGAAGAGAAGAGCCAAGAAAAACAAGCUUCAGUAUGAAAGAAAAGGAAAGACUAUACCCUUAACAUUUGAUUAUCAUUCGGAAUUUGAAGAGGGUAGUUCUAAAACUACACUUGAAACUGUAUCAGAGAUCGUGGAGGAUAAGUCACUUGACACUAGAAAAUCAAAAAAAUAUGUCUCUUUCAAAUGUGAACCUAAACCCAGAAACGUAUUUUGAAAAGCCAAAUUAAGACCACAAUUUGUUCCAACAAACAUAAAAAAUCAAGAAAGUAAGUCAAAAGCUCAAAUGGAAACAAAUACUAGGAAAUCAUUGGAGUCGAUUGGUUUCUUAGAAGAUGAUAUAAAUAAGAGAAAAACGUCUCCUCCACUGCUGAAUGACUUCAGUACAAAAGAAAAGAAGUCAAUCACAAAUGAGGAUUCAGUAAGAAAGAACAGCUUGCUCCCCUUGUGUUUUGAGGAUGAACUGAAAAACCCAAAUGCCAAAAUAAUCGACAUUAGUCCAGCAAAGACAGAAACUUCUCAAAUGGCACAAAAGGACACAAAUCCCAUAAUUUUCCAUGAUACAAAGUAUAUUCAAAUGUUACUUUUGACAAAAAAUGGGUUUUCUCCCCAUCUUUUGGAAAAUGGAAACAUUUACUCUCAAAAAAGAACAAGUUUUGUUUUAGAAAGAAACUGUUCAAUGCUCAAAUCUUCAAUUGGUGAUCAAUUACUUACUUUUUCUGAACCCCGAAGAACUAUGUUUACAGCAUGGGAAAAAGAUAAACCUUUGAAAGUGGACCACAGAACAGUAAAGGACAGUAGCGAUCAGCCAUCAAAAGACAGACCCUGGAGUACAAGUUAUACUAUCUCACCAACUUUUUCCCAUUUCAGAAAAAAAUGUGUAGGUUAUCUUGAUAAAACUGUUAUUGGAGAAAAGAGUGAUAAAGCUCGCAAAUUUGAAAGAAUGCUUUCUACAGUGAAGCCAAUGCUUACACACAAAUUCAGUGUCUCACCUGUUAAAGGCUACUCAAAGCCUUUGAAAAAUAUCCUGGAAGUUCAUAAAUUAAGUGACUUAACACCGUUGGAUGAUUUGUUAAACUUGUCAAAAGAUGAUUAAAGCUCUCCAAAGUUAUCAUUUGUACAGUAAUAGUUGGAUAACAAGAAGCAAAUAUCUAAGUUUCAAGAUGAUAAAAGAAAUCCACAUAUAAUAUUCUAAUGGAUGGCAUUAGAAUAUUAGUAAGGCAUAGAAACUGGAGUUACAAAUCAACAGUGGUCUGUUGGAGAAAAACAUCAUGUUUUAGUAAAUAAUGGGACAACAUUAGGAAAUAAUUAUCAGUGAGAGGAACUAGUCCAUGAUUUUUUUUUUUACUAACUUAAUUAAAUUGAUCAGUCAUCAGCAUUCCAAGACCAAGAAUGGCAUAGACUGAUGAGAUAUUUGUUGUUGGAAGCCAAGAACCUUGUUCUAUAAUUGAAUAUCAAAUGAGACAAACAUACCAUUAAUUUGUCACUGUGGAAUUAAUCAUAUCAGCAUUUUAGAGAACCAUGGGUAAAUAGUAUCACAUUAACAAUGUAUACAACUAAAUGGGUUGUGUAAAAUUUUGAGUAAUUUUUUUGUUAGAGAUAUUAGAGCUUCGUUACUUUAUAAUGGUUUUCCCAAGUGUAACUUUGACUUUUUUAUGAAUUGUAAUU